AUUUUACAAGGCAAAAAGUAAACAAACAACAAAACAACAGCAGCAACAGACGACGACACCUGGACAGAUGGGAUGGGGUCCCACCUCUAGUUUCAUCGGCCUAGUUUUGGAACCUGUUCUGUUCACAUUUCAGUGCUACUGAUAUUUACAUACUGUCUAAUAACCGAAUUAAUUGUAUGUUUCAUAUUUAUUGCAUGACAACUUGUGGUGGAGGAGAAUUCGCCUUUGUUGAGUGUUUACAUACUCUGUCACUUAUUUCUUUAUGGUUUGAUUCAUAAUUGUAGUGCCAUGAGUUUGAAUCCAAAAGAAUGUGACGCGAAUAAGUAUUCAACUGACCAAACUGAAAAUCAAGAUGUUCCUUGGUACAUUGAUUUUCAUGGUAGAAGAUCACCGAGGCAAGUGGUUGGAUUGACUCUUUCUCAUGCUGAGACGCAACAAAUAAGUUCAGAUGGAGAGCACACUCCCAAUUCUGUUCUGUAUCAAGAUGCAACACCACAUUCUAACUCAGAUUUUGGUCUUGGAAGUAGCAAACAUUGCAAUGAAGUUGGAAUUGAACGCAAUAGCUCUAUCCCGUCCCACGACAGCUCAUGGCCAAAUGUAGCAGAGGGGCAAAAAAUACGUGUCCUCAAGAACAGUACUUCAAAUGAAACAUUUGCUCAGAAGUUACAAGUUGGCAUAACCUGGAAAAGUAUUUUAAAUCAAAGUGCUAAAUUACCUAAUGCUGAAAAGGGAAUAACAACCUCUGAGCACCUUCCAUCUUUAAUAAGCAUUAAUGAUAAUCUCACAAAUAGAUCUAAGUCGUGUCAAUUGAAUCUGGGAAAUAAGGUGAAAAGUAAAGAACCAACUACAUCAAAGUUACCUCCUCAUGAUUCUGGAGUCCAUCUGAUUGAUGGCAGCCUAAAAGAAAAGUGGACUCAAUCAGACACUGCCCCAAAUUCUCCAAUUAUUUCUAAAACUCCACCUCUACUAGAAAAAGAUUUCCCUGACCUUUCUGUUGCUUUGCAAUUUUUAUCAAAAUGCUCUAUUAAACAUGAAAAUUUUGAGUCCACUGAAAGCCAAGAAAUAAAAGAUAAAAAGAUAAAAUCAAAGAGAAAAUCAAGAAGCAAUCAGCCAUGCAGAAAAGAUCCAAUUUCUGUCAAUAUUGUGGACUUCUUAAAGGAAACAUGUCAAACAUCAAAACGUUCGACUCUAACAGAUCACAAUCACAGAUUAAAGUUCAGAGACCUUGAGAAGAGAAAAAUUUGUGGGAACAUACUAGAUUCAUCUAACCCAAUUCGUAAGAGAGGAAAAUUCAGAGAAAAACCUCCUAAGAAAAGACUCUCCAAGCUAAAGCAAGUAAUUAUGAAUGAACGGCACAAGAAGAAGGAACAGAAAAAUAUAAACAUGUGCGCUAGCAAAAGUUUAAACUGUCUCAAUGAGUGUAGUGAAUUACUUGUUGGAACUAUUUGUUGUGAAUUGAAUUCUCUUCAUAUUAUGAGUGAAAACAAUGAUGAAGAGCUUAUCUCUGCAGUGCCUCAAGAAGAAGAAUUGAAUCAAGAGAAGCAGGAGGAGGUUGACAAACUUGAUGGACAAACAUUCAAACGUCAUGAUGAUAUUGAAGUAAUUCAUUCGCCCUCUCCCUUACACAGCAGAAAAUUCAGAAGUUAUUGCAAUAACAUCAGAUGUCAGGAACUGGAUGAGGCUGUCACAAAUUUGUUGAAAGAAAUUUAUAGGUUUCAAGAUCGGCACCACAAGAAAGACCCUAUCAAAGCACACGCCAAACGACGUUUCAUUCUUGGAAUACGAGAAGUUAAAAAGUUCCUUAUGCUUAAAAAACUGAAAACGAUAAUAAUUGCACCAGAUCUUGAACCAGUAGAAGGCCCUGGAGGAUUGGAUGAGACUAUAAUUGAGAUAAGAGAAGAGGGAAGGACCCAACAAGUUCCUGUCAUUUUUGCUGUUGGCCGUCGACAACUAGGCUAUACACUCAGAAAAAAAGUACCCAUCAGCAUAAUUGGAAUCAUCAAUGCAGAGGGAGCAGAGGAGUUAUUUCAUCUCAUGUUGAAAGAAUGGCAUGAUGCAGUAUUAAAAUAUCAAGAAAAGCUUAUGAUAUUUUCAUAAUUGUUGCUUUGCAUUAUCUAUGUACAUUAUUUGUGCAAAGAAGACUACCUAAUAAACGGCCAAAAGUCUUUUAAUUAUGUAUCGCUGUCAUAUUUAUUUUUGGAAUAAAAAUGUGUUAAUUGUACCGUAAA